AAAAACCUUAUCUGUAUAUUGCCCGGCAAUAAAAUAAGCCACUCCCACUUUUGCAAACGUUCAGUAAAGUCACUCCCACAUUACUUCCUCAAUAAAUGCCGGGAGUUUGCGGUGCAAAAUAAGUGUUUGUUCGGAUGACCAGCUACGCUUCGCUUGUAAGAUCUGAAUUAUUCAAGACAUAAAUAUGGACUGCGACAGCAUGAGUGACCAAGAAGAACAUCAAGAUGUUACAAAUGAAAGUACUGAAGAACAAAGAGAUCUGAUGGAAGAAAAUGAAAUGAGUCCAGAACCUCCGGAACAAUCAUCUAGAUACCCUCCGACUGAAAACAAGGAACAACAAAGAGUUUAUAAAGACAAAGGCAAAAGGAUCUCCAGCUGCAGUUGCCUUAAGUGUGGCAAGAGUUUCACGUGUAAAGGAAGUCUCAGGGAUCACACAAGAAUACACACCGGAGAGAAACCUUUCACCUGCCAUCACUGUGGAAAGAGCUUUACAAAAAACAGCAGCUUGAAGAUACACAUAAACAUGCAUGCUAAAGAGAAACCUUUCACCUGCACUCAUUGUGGAAAAGGUUUCACGUAUAAAAGAAGUCUGGCAGAACACAUAACUAUUCACACUGGAGAAAAACCUUUCACAUGCUCGCAGUGUGGGAAGACUUUUAGUCGUAGAUUUUACUUAGCUAGUCACAUGAGGUCUCACUCUAGUGAGAAGACUUUUAUUUGUUUCCAAUGUGGAAAAAGUUUCGCUAGUACAGUAAACCUGAAAGCCCACGAGAAGGUGCACGCUAAUGUAAAGCCAUAUCACUGCGCUUCAUGUGGGAAAAGUUUUACCCAGUCAGGUGCUUUACGAAGACAUUUAAAAUCAUUUAUACAUAAUAAAUUCAGACCACUUGAAAAAUUGAUGUCAGAGAACAAUGCUUUCAUGUCAAAAUUUCAUGGCAAUUUGUUUACCAAAGAGUAGGCUGAUUGAUUUAAACACAGCUCCUCCUGUGGUAAGAUCUCUUUCUCUCUCUCUCUCUCUCUCUCUCUCUUGCUCAACAAUUAAAUAAAUAAUUAUCUUAUCGCUCUACCUUAUGUCUGUCUGUGU